GUCGCCACGGUCGGAUGCUGAGUUGCCGAUGAUCGCGCGGUUAUUUAUCGCACGACAUUUCGAUCCGGGCGACUUUUAUCCGCGAUAACGGCGUAUUAUAGACGCCGACGGAUUAUCUCGUCCGGCGGUCGCGUCCGCCGCGCGAUCGCUCGCGCGGAGACCCGCGUACCGCCCUCAGUACGUUAUGGAAUGCGCGACGGGUAGCUACCGUGUUACGCGGCUCCGCACGAUGCCCGGCCGAGAAUGCACGCUAACAGACCGGAAUACCGUGCGACGCGGCCGUGGACUUGACGUCUCGCCGCCCGACAUCGGACACGGUGCGCACGUCGACCGUUGGUCGCCCACACCGUUCGACGAUCGCGCGAGCUCCCGUAUUUCUCGUCGCCCUCGGUAGCACGUCGUAUACGUGGCAACAGCGUGUACGGCUGCUGUGUGCUGUGCGUGCUUGCCCGUGCGAGCCUAGUGUGUGCGCGCUGCUCUGUCAUUUCCCCGAGUCGGGAGGAAUUUCCUCGGGCUUUCGGUGAGGCUGACUGGCCGAUCGAGUGACGUUUCGCGCGCCGUGUCGCCCGCUCUCGAGGAUCAUCGCCGAACGGGACGAGGCCCCCCCACUCGACGAGGUCGGAUCCCACCUCGGAGCACCGAGUCUAGCAACGACAACGCUUUCGCUCUAUCAGCGUUGCAUCCGCUUAUCAUCCCGCGAUUUUCGCACCCGCCGACCUGCGUCAAGUCCUCGCUCGCUCCGAGUCUCGCCGAUUUCGACCCGAUCGGCAGGAGCGUGCCCUCGAGCCUUACAGCGGUACAGCCCUCGAGGAAUGCCCGUGUGAGCGCGCGAAUGCGGAAAUCACUCGCUUGCACCUCGUAUAGGAACUAGGAAACGUCUCGUUUGUAUCCCCGGCGUGGAUAGCCUCGGUGGGAAUUUAAUGCUGUAUUUCCGAUGGCCUUACAUACCUGGUAACUGCAAUGGGCUGACGCAGAAUGAGAUUCGUUUAUUAUUCCUCAGACAUCCUUCUCUCUGCGGCGCCAUCCACAUGAGAGAGCUAACUUGAUGAAAGUUAAUGGUGCUUCCGCACUUUAUCAUCUUUAUCUUUUUAUUGAUACAAUGGAGGAACCGGUUAAGAAAAAGCAGCGCAUUGAAAAUUGCGAGGAUGCCAAAAACAGGCUUGCGGAAAUUGAACAACUGCAAAGUAACCUGCUUAUGCGAUGCUUGUGUCACAUGCCAGAAAGCAGUCUGCGUAAACCGUUUAUCAAUACCACGGUGGAGGAAGCCGAUGGCAGCAUCCGUUCCGCCGUUUUGUCCGAAUGGCAUACAGAUCAGACCCUGGAGUUUCUGAGCGCUCUGCAGUUACUGUUCGACUUGGCCAUCAAGCAGAAUGUGCGAGGUGUAAUGUGCAAGAGAGUGGCGGACGUUUGCGAUGCGCUAGCGCGAAACGAGCACGGCAUUAUCGAUCAAAUCAUCGAUCUGUCAUAUACGUCCAACAAAUUCGUGUCAUUCGCCGGGAGUCGCGUGCUGGCGUCGUUCUUCAUCCUCACGAGGGAUAACGUGGAGAUUGUCUGGUUGGAGAGGCUCAUGCAAUCUCUGGUAAACACGCACUCGCCUAGCCAGAUGCUCUUCACCCUGGACGUGGUCAAGAGGGUAGUCGAACACAAGGAUUGCAGUAUACACCCCUUGGAGGACACAGACGCGACCAUAUCGGCCGGCUGCAACACGCACAUCAUCUCCGAUACCGAGAGCUUCGACAGUACGGCGAUCAAGGAAAUGUGUGUGAAGGCGCUCGAAUCCAAGUGGACCAUCCUCGUAUCCAAGUUCAAAAUCAUUCUUAGGACCUAUACGCCGCAACACGCGUCUGUCGUCAUCACGUUCCUACAUCUAUGGGAAACCAUCAUCUCGGUCAAAGCUAAUUUGUCCGUCAUUGAUACCAAGCCCUUCUAUUCUAAGUUGAACGAUCUCGUGUGGUUGCUCAACAGCAAUCUGCCAAGCGUGGUCUGGCGACAUCUGCUUAGUCUAUUCAAUGAAGUGCUAUGUUACGGCAGCACGUUAGCACUCCAAGAUAUGCUGCCGGACGAACCAUGUUCCUUGGCGACUCUGAUCGUGCGAGUCGUCAAGGAUCACAGAUUACUCGACGCAUUACCUUACCGUCACGGUUCAGGCCGCUUUGGAGGCGGCACCGGUGACGGUGAUCGUCCUCUGUUGCAGAAGAUGGUUUUGCUAGUGCUAAAGAGUGCCGCCGUAACAGUGCGGGAGACGCGCAGUGAUUCCAGCGACUCAUCACUGGAUUCCGAGGCCGAAGAUCUCGACGAGGAUAUGGCGGUAAUUGACAGGAGUAUCCGCGAAGUGCUGCGCCAACUGGAUCAAUGCGUAAAGGCGCUGAUGCCCUUCCAUCCGGAGAUGCCACUGUCUCAGUGGGUCGUGCAGAUGUUUCACGAUCAAGAUGACUUUCUGAUCGAGGGUAUGGUCUGUUGCCUGGACGUCGCCGUGGGUCUCUUCUAUCGUGGAUCACCGAACGGUCCGGUUUCAAGAUCGGUACUCAGUCCCCUCAGACCCACGCUGACUUUUGUGCAAUUCAUCCACGUCGUGGCCCAUGACCCGGAUGUGCUGCUGGAUCUGCUAGUUAGCAACGAGACCUGUUUUCUGUUGUACCUGUUGCGAUUUCUCAAGUACAUCAGGCGUAAUUGGGGCGAGUUCGUCGAGUGUUGCGGUCGUGAACUGGACGAUACUAUGACGGUACUGAUAAGACUACGGUUAGCCAUUGAUCGAUUGGUAUCUAAGGCGCUAUUCCCGUAUAAUAUUAGUCCGGUUCUUCGUCUGCUCGAGAAAUGCGAGUCCUUUUAUGAGGGUAAUAUGGAGAAUGGUAACUCGUCCGUCAUGUAAGAUAGAGAUUCGAUUAGUCGUCAGGUCGAUUAUUAAACAUGUAUAAAUUGUACGAAUCUCUUUCCGAACGUUAGCUAGAUUUUGCCAUCUGUAAAGCAUCGCAUAUAGCUAUACAGAUCGCCGCAUUUCGUCCAAUAAUAAAAAAAGCGACUGAAUUGACUCGUCGUCAAUCGUCUUUUAAGUCUUAAGAAAGAUUGGAAAGACAAGCGCAUUUUUAUUUAUUAGUCCCUAGCGAAAUUUUCGAACGUAGUUGAAAUUCGAAAUCGAGACGGAGGUACUUUCAUCUGUUUAACGAAUCAGUCAAGUUUUGAGAGAAAUUAUGUAACCAUGGAUCCCCCUCCCAAUCCGAGUACAAAAUAAGACGAAAUUCAUAUCGAUCAUCUCAAAACGAAGCUGCAUUUGUAUGGUGCUAAUAUACCUCUGCUAAGGCACCAUUGCGAAGACCCACGUCGAUGUAUACCACUAGGAUAAUAUUUAUACACUUCGAACUAUUUGUACAGUUUGCCAGUCACAGUCUGUAAAUGUAAUUUUUAUUAUCGUAUUUCGAUAAUAAUAGCUGAGAAAUAUGUACAUAUUUCGCAAUCACGUCUCUACCAAUUUUGUAAUACAAAUUUUGCUGAAUAAAAUUUUAUUUUAUUUUGCUAAAUGUCGAAGGAAUUAAAAAAAAGAAGCAAGAUUUUUUUCUUAAAUUUUUUUAAAUAGAGUAUAAUGUAACAAAUAAGAUAAACAUAAUACAGAAUGUGUUACAUUGCUGUCAGAUCACGUCUCGUGCAAUUAUAUAAAAAAUAUAUUUCGCGACUUCUAAAUUAAUCAAGAAAUCACAAUAGAGAGUAUUAUACAACUUAUAAAAUUUAAUUGGUAAACACAUUUGAUGGUUAAAAAUACUUUUCGUUAACAGUUAUUUUAUUGCGGACGAGAAACUAAUUUUUCUUUUAGAACAACUUCUUUUAAAUGAAAAAAAGAACAAAGUAAUUGUCAGAAAUUAUUUCGAGAUUUCUGAUGAAUCAACAAUUGUAUGUAAAUAUAUUAACAACAUUGACAUCUGAAAAUAUAUAUAUAUAUAUAUAUAUAUAUAUAUAUAUAUAUAUUCAGUGUCAAUGAUUAACAACGAUUAACACGCGCGGUGUAUUCAGAUAACAUCUCUUGUAAGUAUUACAUGUAAUACACUAAAAUUCUCUAUUUUUACUUUUAUAAUUGUGAUGUUGUUUAAUUCAAUCUCCUCCCGAUUUUUGAAUAUGACUUAUUCUCGGAAUUAUAUGUAUGCGACAUCGUUUUCGAUACAGUAGCGACUUAACAAUUCCAUAUUUUUGCAGAAAGAUCAUUCGACUGUGUAUAAUAGAUCUAAAAGAGAAAUUUUUUCCAACUAAAAAUUUAUUAUCUCUCUCAAUGCAAGUUUAAUACAAUUGUUACUACUGAGACUUGCGAUUAUGAUAUAGCUCGAUAAAUUGUCACUGAUACCCCGCGAUUAAUCAUGCAAAUAGUGUUUCAUACAUUGAUUAGAACGAUGUAACGCGCUUGUCUUAUCGGGACAAACCGUCCGGAUUUUAAAAAGAUCGAUAUAGAAUUUAAGUUUGUAAUGUUAGUGUUUUUUCGGCGUAUUUCCUUUAUAAAAUUACGCUACUAUUUAGAAUUUGCAAAUAUAGUUCUAAUUAUUUAAAUACUCUCGAUCGAAGUACGACCGAGAAAUUUUGUGUGUCGAAAUAUGGAUAUUUUUAAAAACACAAAUUUUUUUACUAAAUAUUUAUAUUUGCAUAUUAAAUCAUUAUUUAUAUAUUUCUGUACUUCGUCAAUAAAUCACUAUUUCACAGCG